GGAGGGAAACGCAAAGGCAAAAGCAAAAAGUGGAAGGAAAUCUUGAAAUUCCCUCACAUUAGCCAGUGUGAAGAUCUCCGAAGAACAAUAGAGAGAGAUUACUGCAGCAUAUGUGAAAAGCAGCCGAUCGGAAGGCUUCUCUUUCGACAGUUCUGUGAAACUCGACCCGAGCUCGAGUGCUGCAUUAGGUUCCUUGACUCGGUGGCAGAAUAUGAAAUUGCUCCAGAUGAAAAGCUGGGAGAGAAAGGAAAGGAAAUCAUGAUGAAAUACCUCACCCCAGAGUCUCCAGCCUGCGUUCCCGAAGUCAGUCAAGAUCUUAUCCAACAGACAGAGGAGAAACUCGAAAACAGCCCCUGCAAAGAGCUAUUCUCUCACUGUACAAAAUCUGUCCUUGACCACCUCAGUGGGGAACCAUUCCAAGAAUACCUAAACAGCAUGUACUUCGACAGGUUUCUCCAGUGGAAGUGGUUGGAAAGGCAACCAGUAACAAAAAACACGUUUCGGCAGUACAGGGUACUAGGGAAAGGCGGCUUUGGGGAGGUCUGCGCUUGCCAAGUCCGAGCGACAGGGAAGAUGUACGCCUGCAAGAGAUUAGAGAAGAAGAGAAUAAAAAAGAGGAAAGGCGAAUCCAUGGCACUAAAUGAAAAGCAGAUUUUAGAAAAAGUCAAUAGUCAGUUUGUAGUCAAUUUAGCCUAUGCCUAUGAAACAAAGGAUGCACUGUGUUUAGUUCUGACCAUAAUGAACGGAGGUGACCUGAAGUUUCAUAUCUACAACAUGGGAAACCCAGGCUUUGAGGAGGAAAGAGCUUUGUUUUAUGCAGCAGAGAUUCUUUGUGGCUUAGAAGACCUACACAGAGAAAAUACUGUGUACAGAGAUUUGAAGCCAGAAAAUAUCCUGCUAGAUGAUUAUGGCCAUAUUAGAAUAUCUGAUUUGGGUCUAGCUGUUAAAAUCCCUGAGGGUGAAUCAAUCCGUGGAAGAGUAGGAACAGUAGGGUAUAUGGCUCCAGAAGUGUUGAACAACCAGAGAUACACACUCAGCCCUGACUACUGGGGGCUAGGCUGUCUCAUUUAUGAAAUGAUUGCUGGGCAAUCACCAUUUCGUGGAAGGAAAGAGAAGGUGAAGAGGGAAGAAGUGGACAGAAGAGUGCUGGAGACAGAAGAGGUGUACUCCCAUAAGUUUUCUGAGGAGGCCAAGUCCAUCUGUAAAAUGCUCCUCACCAAAGAUGUGAAGCAGCGGCUAGGAUGUCAAGGGGAAGGUGCAACAGAAGUGAAGAGGCACCCCUUUUUCAAGAGCAUGAAUUUCAAGCGGUUAGAAGCAGGAAUGCUGGAUCCUCCCUUUGUCCCUGAUCCCAGAGCAGUAUACUGCAAGGAUGUGUUAGACAUCGAGCAAUUCUCCACAGUGAAAGGAGUUAACCUGGACCAAACAGAUGAUGAUUUCUAUUCCAAGUUUUCCACAGGAUCAGUGUCUAUUCCAUGGCAAAAUGAGAUGAUAGAAACAGAGUGUUUCAAAGAACUGAAUGUAUUUGGACCAAAUGGUACUAUUUCACCAGACCUAAACAAAAGCUACCCCCCAGAGCCACCCAAGAAAGGAUUGCUGCAGAGAAUAUUUAAACGACAGCACCAGAACAAUUCAAAGAGUUCUCCAAAUUCAAAGGCCAGUUUAAAUCACCACAUAAAUUCAAAUCACGUAAGUUCAAACUCCACUGGAAGCAGCUAGUUCCAACUCAGUUUUAUGAAACAACAUGUUGCAUCCUUCCACUAUAAUCUAUGGAGCUUCUAUGGAUGAGAGA